GUCAAAAUGAGCAUAAACCUAAGAGAUCACCCGUGGUUGCUACUCCGUUAUUGACCAGAACCAAUAAAGAAUGCAAAACAUUCAUUGGGACAACAUGAUGAGCCAUAUGGUGCAAUCUAUAUCUAUCUGCAUACUGAUCAAUACCGACUCCGGCCAAGUCCGAAUGCAGAUCUUCUGAGAAAGGAAGGCAUGUUAGUCCGACGCAUGUCGCUGCUAGAGCCCGAGGAAUCAUCUGCAUCUUCACAUGUACCGCGGGAAUGGGAGAGUUGUUAGUAAGUGUGAUAAUAACGUCAUCGUGUAGUAAUAACGCUGGGCAGCCAGCUGCCGAGAAUUUGAGAAACCUAUUAUUUCUCGUUGUUGGAUACUGGGCGCCCUAUCCGAUCACUCGUAAAUGCACCACGAGGGUUUAGAUUGUCAGGUGCUGUCUCGGUUGACGUCCUACAAGCGGAAGCGGACAACUGUCAUCAUUCUCGUUGGAAACCAGAACGGAGUGGAGUUAAAACGUUUAAAUUGAUUACUACUAAACUACUAAAACUAAAUUGAUUAUAACCUAAAACUUACUUGCUACACUAAAUUUGUAAGUACAUAUUGUUGAAGAUUAAAACUUAUUGAACUAAUUAAAAUAUAUUAUAGCUUAAAGCUAUUCGCACAAAUUAACCUGGAUUUUAUUGCGAUUGCUAAAAAGAGUUAGUGUGCGGCAAACAUCAUUCGCCGUCCGGAACAUUCUUUAAGAAAUUUAACAUGCAAACCCAGGGCACGCCAGGCACACCAGCUGGAAACGGUGAAUGUAACUGUGUAGCGUGCAAUGAGCCCGAUUCGGCGGGAAACAUGGUGCAAUGUGACCAUUGUAAUAGUUGGUGGCAUAUGACGUGCGCCGGAGUAACCGACUCAAUCGCAGACCGACCGUGGACAUGUCGCAGAUGUUUGCCGGAAAUCGUAUCGAUUCAAUCGAACUCUACUGUCAGGAAGCUCCGUCUCGAUCUUAAGCUCAAGCAGCUGGAGGAGCAGCGAGCCGUAGAACAAAAGUUUGUAGAUGAAAAGUAUAAGCUUCUGAAUAGCCAUCUGGAAGAACCCGACGAGUCUGCCAGUCAACGUGGAAAGGUUUGUCGAGUGGAGAAAGUCGAGCAAGUUAAGCAGUGGUUGAAAUGCAGUGCAGAUCAGACCGAAAGCGCGGAUACAGCAGCUUCAUCGAUAUUGCCGAGUGAACCACGAAAGCGAGAAGAGCGACUAUGUGAUCUGACCCGCACACAACACGUUGAUGAUCAAAACCAGGUGGCGAAACUCCGUUUACCUGAACAGCUGGAACUCUUGGCGGAACAACUGCGUCAACAGCAAACCUUCGCUGGAGAACGACGUCGGUCAUUAGAAAUGCAUCCCGAACAGCAUAUGCAGCAGCCAGCACCCUCGUUAUGGAAAAUUUCACCAGAGUUUGUCAAUAGUUGUUUGCAGAUGAAAAAGCAAACUUCUAUGUCAGGUAACGAUCAAGGUAAUAGCAAAAAGCUUAUCUCAGGUAAAACUUACCAUCUCGGUCAGGAAAAUGAUCGCAAGUGUGAUGGGACUGAGUUCAUUAACCCCUUGUUUAAGCAAUUUGGGCCCAGCUCAACUAGUGGUCAAAAUGCAACACAAAAUUUAUUGCAAUACACCCCAACGCCAUCUCAAAUCGCGGCUAGACAAGUUAUGCCUCAGUGACCUACCGUCCUUCUCUGGCAGC